AGUCCCUGCCCCAGCCGGAGCUAGCCAACCCUCUCUACCCCGGACUUGGGCAGCGGUCCCGGCAGCCCAGCGUCUAUUUGCUCUUGAGAGCCAGCAAGGAAGCUCGAGGGGCCCCAGCCGGUCGUGCUCCCCCGGGAUGCAAGUCCCUGCGCGGACGCCCGGCAGCGGUUGGCACGGGCGCGGCUGCUCCGGGUGCACAGGGAUGCUGCUGUUCCGGGGACCCCGGCGCCCCGCCUUGGCCAGCCCCGCCGGCCCCUGAGGCCACUGUCUGGAGCGCGACGCUGCCGGGUUUCUGGAGCUGCCCGAGGCAUCCUCCCCAACCACCGAACCUCCGGUGGUUCUCCUCCGCCCGGACGGAUGGAGCCGGGGAUGCUGGGUCCACACAACCUUCCACACCACGAGCCAAUCAGCUUCGGCAUCGAUCAGAUCCUGAGCGGCCCCGAAACCCCGGGGGGCGGCCUAGGCCAGGGUCGUGCAGGCCAGAGUCAUGGGGAGAGUGGGGCGUUCUCGGGUGGAUACCACGGAGCUUCGGGCUACGGUGCCGCGGGCUCACUGGCCCCGCUGCCCGGCAGCUCCGGAGUGGGCCCGGGUGGCGUGAUCCGUGUCCCCGCGCACCGCCCGCUGCCUGUGCCACCGCCCGCGGGGGGGGCACCUGCGGUGCCUGGGCCCUCGGGUUUGGGCAGCGCCGGAGGCCUAGCGGGACUCACCUUUCCCUGGAUGGACAGCGGCCGCCGCUUUGCCAAGGACCGGCUCACGGCCGCGCUCUCGCCCUUCUCGGGGACGCGCCGCAUAGGCCAUCCCUACCAAAACAGGACCCCUCCGAAGCGGAAGAAGCCGCGCACGUCCUUCUCCCGCUCGCAGGUGCUGGAGCUGGAGCGGCGCUUCCUGCGCCAGAAGUACCUGGCCUCGGCGGAGAGGGCGGCGCUGGCCAAGGCCUUGCGCAUGACCGACGCGCAGGUCAAAACGUGGUUCCAGAACCGACGCACCAAGUGGCGGCGCCAGACGGCGGAAGAGCGCGAGGCUGAGCGGCACCGCGCCGGCCGGCUGCUCCUGCACCUGCAGCAGGACGCGCUGCCACGGCCGCUGCGGCCGCCGCUGCCCCCGGACCCCCUCUGCCUGCACAACUCGUCGCUCUUCGCGCUGCAGAACCUACAGCCCUGGGCCGAGGACAACAAAGUGGCUUCCGUGUCUGGGCUCGCCUCGGUGGUGUGAGCGACGCCCGUCCGAUCGGCGGGGAGCGCAGGGCCCUGAACGGUGGAGCGCGCAGCUGCCUGUGCCCGUGGUCUGGUGGCAGCCAGGUGCGUGAGGAGCGGCAGCCCUUGAGGCUGUCGUCGAGGGCUCCUCCGCCACCGGCCGGCUCCCAGGCCAGUGUUGCGCGGAUGCACUGCCAGCUCAGAGGUGGCUUUCCCGCCAUUUUUCACUUCAAGGCCGUUAUGCCGCGGCUGGAACCAGAGGCGCCGAGAGGGCGGGACCUGUAGGACAGUAGCCAGUGAGGUGCAGGGAGGGGGCCGGGCUGGCCAAUGGGAGCUGCUUUAAUGACGGACUCGGAAUUCUCCGGUGGGUGGUCGGGAGCUGGGGCUCUGCGGGGGCGCUAGGGCCGCUAGUGCCGGUGGGGUCUGUACCAAAGGUGUGAAGGGCGGAAGACGCCAAUGACGGCGGAGCACUGGAGGGGGUGCUGGAGAGCGAGAGGCUGGUUGAUUGUGACUGGAACCAGAGGGUUGUGCACCCGGGGCGUCUCAUCCCUCAACUGUAAAAUAAUCGCUAAGGAUUUAUUUCUUCCUGACUUUGAGCCUUGCAUUGUCAUAUGUGUUCAGCCUGCUGGCCACAUCCUCUGGCAACGCGCCUGGGCAGGAGGCAAGUUGGAUACUUAUACACCCAACGAAAGAGAAAAUCUAGAAAGAAAAUCUGGUUCUGGUGUCACAUUGGGACAGAGAAGGGAGAGGAGGAAACAAUGGACAAAGUUAAUGGGCCCAGUGGAGUUAGGGUGAACAGAAUUUGGAAAAUACUUAGGAAGUGACAAGCUUAAGAAGAAUCAAAGGUAAUUACAAGACUGGAAAUGUGCAGCCUCAGGAAAUCAAUGGUGCUGUGGAUGCUGCAAGGGAAAUUGGGAAGAUUGGAGCAAGAUUUACUGUAUAGGCAAAACUAAAUGUUAUGCCUACAGAUAAUAAAUCCUGGAGAAGUGCCUUUGAGGGAGAUCAGGUGGACCUAGAUAGAAUGAAUGAGAACAGAUAGAAUCUCUGAGGGAGGAAACUCUGAGGAGAAAAGCAGAGUUCUAAGGAAUAAACCUUUCCACCAAAUUUGACAACCACGUUUGCAAUGUGCAAGAUGAUGGAGAAUACCUAAGUCUGAGGGCAGGUGGGGCCGAGUGGCUCAUGCCUGUAAUCCCAGCACUUUAGGAAGCUGAGGAGGGAGGAUCACAAGGUCAGAAGAUUGAGACCAUCCUGGCUAACACAGUGAAACCCUGUCUCUACAAAAAAUGAGCCAGGUGUGGUGGCACAUGCCUAUAGUCUCAGCUACUCUGGAGGCUGAGGCAGGAGAAUUGCUUGAACCCAGGAUAUGGAGGUUGCAAUGAGCCAAGAUCACGCUACUGCACUCCAGCCUUGGCAACAGAGCAGACUCCAUCU